UGUUGAAAAGCUGGAAGAUGGCGGCUUCCAGGACGCCCUUGGCUUCGUUAGGCCGUUUACCGAGCUUUUUAAAUGCUGAGACCCGUUGGUUAAAGCACAAGCUGUGGCUGACAAGCCGGGGCUCCUUCAAAGGUUACAUUCUUCCAGCAACAAACAGUGCUUCACCUGAUACAAGGUUUCAGCAGAAAGGCUCUGCCUUUGCACCAAGUGUUGAAGGACCUUUGGAGCACUAUGAAUGGUUGGUCAGACAAGGUGACCUAAAAAGUGAUGACCACCAGAGAAGGGUUGUGCAGUGUUUACAGAAGCUUCAUGAAGCACUUAAAGGAUACAACCCUGAUCAGCAAAAUUUCUUUUCAAAGUUUUUUGAAAGAUCUAAACCUCCAAAAGGCCUUUAUGUAUAUGGAGAUGUUGGGACGGGGAAGACGAUGGUGAUGGACCUGUUUUAUUCUCAUGCGGCAGUUAAAAGGAAAAAUCGAGUACAUUUUCAUGGUUUUAUGCUGGACGUCCAUCAAAGAAUUCAUCGGUUAAAGCAGACAUUACCAAAAAGGAAACGUGGCUUAAUGGCCAAGUCUUACGAUCCAAUAGCUCCUAUAGCUGCAGAAAUCAGCAAUGAGACCUGCCUGUUGUGUUUUGAUGAGUUUCAGGUCACAGAUAUUGCUGAUGCCAUGAUACUGAAGCAGCUUUUUGAAAAUCUAUUUCAAAAUGGUGUUAUUGUUGUUGCCACAUCCAACAGACCACCUGAAGACCUCUAUAAAAAUGGGCUUCAGAGGGCUAACUUUGUGCCAUUCAUUGCUGUCCUGAAGAAUUAUUGUGAAGCCAUCCAGCUGAAUUCUGAAAUUGACUACAGGAAAAGAUACCUUCCUGGAGCAGGGAAGCUUUAUUAUCUCACAAGUGAAGCUGAUGUGGAGGCUGUCAUGGAUAAGCUAUUUGAUGAGCUGGCUCAGAAACAAAAUGAUAUAACAAGACCAAGGAUUUUGAAAGUGCAAGGCAGAGAACUGAGACUGAGCAAAGCUUGUGGAACCAUAGCAGACUGCACAUUUGAAGAGCUGUGUGAUAAACCCCUUGGAGCAAGUGACUACCUGGAAAUGGCUAAAUAUUUUGACACAGUAUUUAUCCGGAACAUACCAAUGCUGACUUUGGCAAAGAAGACACAAGCACGACGCUUCAUCACUCUUAUUGAUGCCUUUUAUGAUCACAAGGUCAGAGUUAUCUGCUUAGCUGCAAUGCCAUUGGAGAGUAUGUUUGUUCAAAAGGAUGAUGACAGUCAGGUGGAUGAUGCCAGAGUGUUCAUAGAUGACCUAGGAUUGAAUCACACUAAGGCAGAAGACAUUUCAAUUUUUUCUGGAGCAGAAGAAAUAUUUGCAUUUCAGCGCACAGUCUCACGGCUAACGGAAAUGCAAACUAAACAGUACUGGAAUGAAGGUGACAGGAGAAAGAAGUGACCCUGCUGAGUGAAAAGCAAACUUAAUUGUAAAUCUACCAAACACAUUCAACAACAGAUCGAGUUUUAGUUUAAUAUAAGAGCUGAGGUGGACUCGUACAUUAUUUGUUGGCCCUUUGUUCAUAGGACCAUUGACUUUCUUCCAUACAAAGUUCUCAAAAAUUUCCUGGGCCCAAACACAUUGGUAUUGACAUUAUGAGUAACACAAGUUUGAAAUCAUCUAACCACUGCUUCCUGAUUCAUUCCCUCUUCUGUACUGCAGUUCUUCAACUUGGUUUUGUUUCCAUGUCAUGAUGUUUGACCCUUCAUCUAGGCUGCUCCAAAAACAACUGUAAGAAAUCACAGAACAAGAAAAAGCCAUUUGUUCGUUCAAAUGCACUCCUUCCAUAGAUGUGUACAACCUCCCAUUGUGGACUGUGUUCCAUCAAGUUAACACCCUCAGGGUGUUAACAUAAAUAUUUGUAUAUUUAAACUCUGCAAAUAAAACGUUUUAACGCAA